GUAAUUUUAUAUCAUGACGCGACGACCUUUCCACCUUCUCUCCUCAAACUGACCGCCAUGUCGACUUCAGAAAAGUCAAAUGCUGCGUCGGCAGCUAAACCAGACUCUACAGAGGACGGGAAAGCCAAUGGCGCACCAAAAUCGUUGUCGGCCGAUGCUCCCAAGGAGGAGAAGAAGCUGUCAGGCAAGGAACUGAAGGCAUUAAAGGCGGCGGAGAAGCAGGCACGACGGGCGAGGGAGAAGGGCGCAAUCACAGGCGGAGUCUUGACAGGUGUGCCGACUCCAGAAGCCAGCGUUUCAAAGCAACAACCGCAGAAGAAAGAACAGAAAUCCAUACAAGGAAAGCAGGCACAGGGCAAAUCAAUGUCGUUAGGCAUUGCUGGUGGGUCUCAGAAUCAAGCAAAUAUUCCUCAUCGACAGCGAAGAGCCUCCCUUGCAGCGCAGGACAAACCUGCACCUAAGGCCAAGGCGAAGGCGACCACGAAGUUGCAAGUCUCGCUGUUUGGGCACUUGUCGCAACAGCGAAGACAUGGAAUUGCCGGCGCGUCCAAAGACGUGCACCCCGCUGUUUUGAGUUUGGGUCUGCAAAUGAGCCGAUAUGAAGUUUGCGGCAGUACAGCGCGCGUGGUCGCAAUGCUGCUGGCAUUCAAAGCCGUUAUUCAGGGAUAUACCACUCCUCCAAAUCAACACAUCUCCCGCCACUUCACGCCGCAUGUUCUAUCUCCACAGAUCGAAUAUCUCAAGCAAUGUCGGCCUAUCAGCAUAUCAAUGGGUAAUGCUAUCCGCUACAUGAAAGAGGUCAUUGCGAACAUGAGCCAGGAGAUUGUGGACGAAGAUGAGGCAAAGAAGCUACUGUGCGAAUGGAUAGAUAACUUCAUCAAGGAGAAGAUACAAGCAGCUGAUGCUCUCAUCGCUGAAUCAGCAUCGUCGAAGAUCGCGGAUGGUGACACCAUAUUGGUCUACGGCAAAUCAAGUGUCGUACUUAAAACACUUCUCCUAGCCAAAGCGAAGCGGAAGAACUUCAAAGUCAUUGUCGUCGACUCGAAACCACUAUUUGAAGGGAAGUGCAUGGCAAAAGAUUUAGUGGCGGCAGGAUUCGAGGACAUCGAGUACACGCUUCUAGCAGGUAUAUCGCACUGUAAGGCCACGAAGGCUAUACUAGGCGCACACGCAAUGAUGGCCAAUGGACGACUAUUCAGCCGUUGCGGCACUGCCCUUGUAGCUAUGACUGCGCGGAAACAAGACAUACCUGUCAUGGUGUGCUGCGAGAGUCUCAAGUUUGCGGACAAAGCCCCUCUGGACUCAAUUCUCUUCAACGAGACAGCCCAGUCUUUAGAUUUGUUACCAGAAGGAACUGAUGUCAAAGAGUGGGAGGAGAAUCCUAAUCUACAGAUUUUGAAUCUAAUGUACGAUGUCACACCCGCCGAGUAUGUAACAGCCAUUUAUACGGAAUAUGGCGUGCUCCCUCCCAGCAGUGUGCCUGCGGUGCUGCGAUUGCUUGAGGAUGUGUCUAAGCAAGGUGUAUAAGCUUCAUGAUAUGGGCAGGCACGCUGCAUUGUUUGUGCUAUUUAUCUAUGUCUAGGUGCAGCGAGACAAUGACGCGGUAUAGCGGUUAAGGCGAAUACCACAAAGUGGGAAAUGUGAAGAGAUGGUCUCAGAUCCACUUCGCUCGUUGCCCGUCAACGAGGAGUAUGAAAGGGCGAUGAAGACGCGCCAUCUUUGCAAAUCCACAAGUCUCGCAGGCUCCGGUCUCCAAAUACCACUGACUCCUGAAAUCCGACAGAUAAGUCGAGUUAUCAGAUAUAGGCAAUUUUUCUAUUUGAUGUUAUCAUGGCUGUCGCUAGCUCGAUAGCUAAUUAAAAAAAAUUUCAAGAACAAGCUUCAUCGUGUGUAGUUUUGCAUACAUGCUAAAGAGAG